UGAUUCGCGCGCGAGUGCGUCAAUUAAGCGAUAAACCAGGAGGGGUGGGAGGGAGAGAAAGAGGGCGACCGUGUGCGUUCUUAUCAGUUUAUCGAACGAUCGCGAUUCAUUAUCCGCUCCACGCGCGGAGACCAUAUAUAUGUACCCACCGUUUAUGUACGGUAUGUGUCAACGUUCAAAUGCGAGCCCGCACUCGGAAGAUCACGCCUUCUACGCGUCGCAGAAUAUCUUACACGAAUGCAUUGUUUCGUAAUUGCUCUUUUUACGAAAUAUGUAUUGACGAUCCAACGUCUGCGCUUUAAUGACUUCGAAGACAAAAAAGUGCCACUCGCGAGCGAGGGAGCGCAGCGAUAUGUCGAAGUAACGAUGGACGACACGUAUGAGCUGAACUUGAAGAAUAUAACUAGCUGGGUCGCGGCCAGCGCGUUAAUUUUCGGCGCGGUUAUACCCUACGUGCCGCAAUACAAGGAGAUCAAGAGGAAGGAAGAUGCGGAAGGAUUUUCCCUCUACGUUUGCCUCACUCUUCUAAUCGCCAACACGCUCCGAAUAAUGUUUUGGUUUGGCAAGCGUUAUGAGCUUCCACUUUUAUUACAAAGUUUACUUAUGAUUGUGGCGAUGUUUGUUAUGAUUAAGCUUUGUAUUAAUGUACAAAACAGAACGCAGAUAAUCAAAUCAAAAGAGCGUGUACUUACGGAUUUUGAGGCUAGAUAUUUUUGGAAAUGGACAGACUUCAAGUCCUACCUGGGAUUUAUGAUUCUGUUUGCCAGUAUAGGUGGUUUGUUAAUGUAUUUAUUUAUGGAUAUACCAGUGUUUGUGGAAGUUAUUGGGUUUUUAGCAGUAUUGAUAGAAGCUAUGUUAGGAGUUCCGCAAUUUCUUCGUAAUUCAUCUAAUAAAUCAACUGUAGGAAUGAGUAUAAUUAUGGUGGCAAUGUGGACUGUGGGAGAUGUUUUCAAAACGUGUUAUUUUGUUUUGAGGGAUACUCCUGUGCAAUUUCAGGUGUGCGGUGCUCUCCAAGUUACGAUUGAUGUUGCUAUUUUAGCACAAGUGUACCUUUAUAAGACUAAUAACAAUCUACAUACAAGAGCUCCCAUAAGAUCGGACUGAAGAUUAUUUAACAAGUUUCCUCAUGUAGAUCUAUAGAUGUAGAUUUUUUAUUCCUCAAUACCAACAGAGAUUUAACAAAGUCUAAAAAUAAUAUAUUUUUAUAUUGGCUAACCUCGACUGGAGGUGUAUUUGAAGUAGAACGAGUUUUCUAACAUUUA